AUGGACCAAUUCUACCUCCAAAACGCCGCCUUAUACCGGAAACUCGUCGGCGCACUAAAGCCCCGCGCCGGCCCGGACCCAGCGCAGCAGACACCAACGGUCGGAAACCCCAGCAUGGUCGUGGGGGCCAGAAUCCGCCCGCUGCUCGACGAGGACGUCGCCGCCGGCUAUCCCUGCGCCGUCUUUCCCCGGCAACGGUCGUCCCAGCAGCGCCACGGUUCCGUGGUGGACAUCCACGACUUGUAUAACCACCCGCGCGGGCGACCCAUCCUCAAGUCCUUCAACUACGAGGUUGAUCGGCUGUUCGACGCCGAUGCCUCCACCGAAGAGAUCUUCGACAAUCUGGUCACGGACCUAAUCCCGCUCGCUUGGGACGGGGGCAUCGGCACCCUCUUCGCCUACGGCCAAACCGGCUCCGGCAAGACUUUUACGGUAAGCCGGCUAGAGGAGCUCGUCGCCGACGCACUGGUAAGCGGCCAUCAGAACGGCGAAAGACGACUUCACAUCACCAUCAUCGAACUCGCGGGAAACUCCGCCUUCGACCUCCUCAACUCACGCGAGCCCAUCUCCAUCCGAGAAGACUCCUCCGGCACCACGCAUCUAUCGGGCGCGAACGAGCAUCCCGUGCAGUACAGGAAGACAUCCUAG